AUGAACGAUUAGAAAACCACAAUAUUCUUAUAAGACCAAAAUUUGUUUUGUUGUUUAUCACCGCUAUUACUUCGAAAGUUAUGUAAUUUAGUAAGAAACGCAUAUAUAACGAAACCACAAUUAAUGAACUCAUAAAAUGGGUGAAAUUAUGGUAUAAGCGAAGCAAAAAAAUUAUGGUAUAAAGGAAUAAUGUCUUCCAGUGGAUUUGUAGGAACUUGGGAGGUCAUCAAGUGUGAACCUUGCCAAGAAAAAACCUCAUUUGAAGGGAUCCGUUUUCGUCUAGAUCCCGAAGGCGAAGUUACCUGGUAUCUACCAGAAGAGCUAAAAUUGAUACCUCUCUUCAAUUGCACGAUUUAUGAUACAAACAUCCCAUUGUACUCUUCACCUGAAUCUGCUUGGGUCAGAUUUGGAGAAUAUGAAGGUCAAAUAAUAGAAUUCGAGAGUGAUCAGAGGAAACCCAAAGAGAGUGUUAUACUCAAAGCUGAGGGGCUAUAUACCUUACAUUGUAAAAGAGUUCCUGAUGAAAUUUCAGAGGAUAAGUAUCAAGUUUCUUUCACUUUGUUGCCUGCCUUAGAAGAAGGAUUUUUCUCAGAUGUUACCCUUAUAUCUAGUAAUAAUAAACAGUUCCAAGCACACUCCUUGAUACUUGAUGUCAUUGGAAAGGGAACGAACUGGCAUUCCAAGUCUCAUUCCUUGAGUAACCUGGAUGAAGAUGUCUUAGGUACCAUCUUGCAUUAUAUGUACACAGAAUGUUUACCUGAAAACCUUAAUGAAGAAACUGCUCAAAAAGUGUUAUCAACAGCAAACCAACAUGAAUUCCUGAAUAGAUUAUCUACAACCUGUCAAACAUAUCUGAAGAAUCAAAAUUUAAGAAAACAAAUUAUCGAUCUCGUGGAUGAAAUCCAUAAUUCUUUGGAUAAACUUAUUGAGCAUAUAAGACCGAAGCAUUCUUUAGCAGUUGAAUAUCUAAUUGCGAAUCCAGACCAGUUGUGUUUAAUGAUCAAAAACUGUAUAAGAGACGCAGGAGUUGGGUUCAUCAAACUCAUUGAGCUCUGCGAUUUGUACAAUAAGAAGAAACCAGAGCUGACCAAAAAAGAACAAUAUACAAUCAUUCUUUAUGGCAAAUCCAGAUUUUUCAUUCUAGUUGCCCAAGUUACUCAGUUUUUGGAAAUUUUGAGGGAAUCUUAUGGCUCCAUGAGUCCCUACCAGAAAAAUGAAAUUGCUACAUUUUUAGUUCCAGAAGUUUCUGGAAUAUUAGACAUGCUCACUGCUCUCCUCAUGCAGAUCAAUGAUGCUCUAGAAAGAAUAAUCAACUGUUUAGAUGUAAAUGAACUGAAUAAAACUAGGUCGUCUUUUGGGAACUCUUUUUCCCAUUUUCUAUAUCUAAAAGAGGUGCAGUUUUUCAAGAAGUUUAGUGAGACCGUUUUUUGCAGUUACGAGUUACUUAAGCAGAAAAGGCGGAGUUUCGCAGAUAUGUCAAAUGCCCAGAAAGUACGUUCCAUCUCCAUGAACAUCGAGGAAAUUGCAGACGAGAUGCCAAUGUUUCUGAUGGCACGUCUGGAAGAAUUGAUGGAUUACCGGGAUAAAAUACUGGCUUGGAGGGAUUUCAAGUUCUUCUUCCAGACUUGCACCAGUCAAAUAUCCAGUUUCAUGAAACUAAUGGUGUCCUACAGAAGCGAACUUCAAGAAGCCGCUUCUCAAGUUUGCGAACUGGUACAAAGAGACGUUUUCAUUCAAUCAAUGCAGAAUCUUGGAAUAUUGGAACCAAACUGCAGUUCAUCGAACCAUGACGACUUGCCUAAAUCUACAGACAAUUCUAAGAGUGCUUCCCAAAGGCCUGCCCAUAAGAUAAAUUUAGUGGAAUCCCUAUGCGUUGCUCCGACAUGGAAUAACAGCACGCUGUCAAAAAGUUUGCUAGAGCAGUUUAGGAAUUCCGCCAAUACCGAUAUGGAAUUUGAGAUAGUGAAUUAUGCAGAAGGAGAUUCUCCAAACGAACUAAACGCUAUUCCUGUUGAGGAACCCUGUAUCAUAAAAGCGCACAGGGUGGUUGUGGCAUCUAGAUGCGACUGGUUUAGGAAAGCUCUGCUUUCUGGGAUGAAAGAAGACAUAGAUAAGAAAAUUGUUAUUCAUGAGACUAACCCGGAAACUUUCAAGAUCUUCCUCGAGUAUCUGUAUAGUGGAAAGUUAUCGCCUUCCUCGAUUACCCACGAGCAGUUGGUAGAUCUGGUGGUGUUGAGUGACAGAUUUGAGGUUGACUCGCUCAAACAAGCCUGCGAGAUGGCGCUGGAAGUCACAAUUGACACUGAAAACGCCAUCUAUUUGUUGAGCUUGGCUGAUAGUUAUAAUGCUAAAACUUUAAAGGUGAAUUGUUUGGAUUUCAUCGCCAAACACCAAGAACUAACGGAAACAGAUUUAUUUUUUGAGCUACAUUCCGAAUUGCAAGUUGUUAUCUUCGAUCACAUUUGGACUCGACCUGUAAAAGAUCAAGUCAAAUCUAGAACGUCGUCUGUAAGACACAGCAGAAGAUCUUAUAACGAAGCGACGGACAUUGAUGGUCAAUUUUCCAGAAUGAACAUGCAGCAUGCUCCGGAAGUUUUUCAAGAUCUGAACAGAUUAGAAAGAACCAUCUCCCAGAUAAGAGAUAUAAUCGGGGAGGAUGCCCCAAGAGAGGCCCUCAUUCAAGUCAUUCUGGCUGCGGAUUUUGAACUUUGUCGAGCCAUCAAUUAUUACUUUAUUGCCAAAAAUAAUUAAAAGGAAUUUAGAUCUGAGUCUCAGAUUUAUUGCGAUUGAUUGUUCGGAAGUUGUGGUCUGUGGAGAGUACCAUGUUGAUGGUAAUAGAGAGAUUUUGGAGAGAAUCGAAUGGAAAUAUUUGUCUAAUGGAAUAUUAUAACCCAAAUAGCUUAGUACUUAUGGAUGAAAUGGUGAGAUUGAAAAGUAAGCUUCCUUUACAUCUAACAUUUGAUAUAUGUAUUUUAAUUUAAAAAAAUAUUUGUUGUUGAUCUGAUUGUAUGAAUUUCACUCAAAUUUGAAUCUAUGAAAUUCGUCAUCUAUUUAAAACCAAACCAAAUUGAUCCUGAUAGAAUGAAAGUUGUGAUGAAAUUGAUAUUAGAAACAUUUCAGAAUGUUAGUUUCCAAAUUAGUCAAUUCGAGAAAUAUUGGUUAUAUGAUUUUGCGUUUGGGUGUUUCAAAUUAACUUAUUAUAACUAAAUGUUGAUAUUGUUAAAGUGAAUGUUUAUUACAGUUGUUAAUUAACUGUUGAAUUACUAAUAGCACCGAUAGAUGUUUCGAUGAUAUUUUGUCUGAAGAUUAUGUCGAUGAAAGUUUUUGCUUUUCUUCAUUUGAGAUGUAUGUAUUUGUAAUUGGUUGAGUGUAUUAAUUAGUGAGUCUCUCAUGAAUGUUGUUUUGAAACUUUGAAGAUCGUUCCUUACAUUUUAAUAAUAUUAUAUAAUCGAAUAAGCAAGUGUCUAAUUUUGCUUUCUUUGAUUACUAAAUAUUAUUGAUUGGUUGAAAUUUUAAUCCCGUUGUAUUUAUUAUCAGUAUUAACUUUUUAAAUAUUUUUGUUUAUCUACAUUUAAAGCCUUUAUGCUUUGUUGAGUAUUAUACGUAAUUCUGCUUGUGAUAUUUUCGGAAUUCCUUUUUUUUUGUGAUUAUUUCUAUUGAAAUUUAUAGAAAACAGUUUAUAUUUAUGAAGAUAUCUAUUUAAGUUAUAUUUACUGUUGAGAGUAUUAAUUUAUUUAUUGAUAUAUGGAUGUGAAUAUUAAAUUUUUCUUCUCCUUAA